AUGGUCUUGGUCCAUGGCUUCGCCUCCGGCUUAGGAUUAUGGUGUAAAAAUAUUGACAGUCUUUCAAAACGGCGGCGAGUUUACGCCUUUGACCUGCUGGGGUUUGGUCGCAGUUCCAGACCGGAUUUUCCAGGUACGGCUGAAGAGGUAGAACGCAGAUUUGUCGAAGUUAUCGAAGAAUGGCGAAAAAACAUGCAACUUGAGAACUUUAUUUUUAUCGGUCACAGCCUGGGCGGAUUUCUUUCGGCAGCCUACGCACUGGAACAUCCUAAAAGAGUGAAACACCUAAUCCUUGUUGACCCCUGGGGCUUCGUCGGCGAGACGGAUUCUACAUCUCCUCCAAAAAUUACGGGUUUCGGGGCUUGGCUGUUUGGGAAGCUCACAAGCUUUCGCGCCUUAAGUACCAUGCGUCUGAUUGGACCUUUUGGACCCAGAGCAUUUCGCAUUUUACGGCAGGAUUUUGAACAUGUUUUCUUUCAAAUUCCUCGCAUAGGAGAUGUAAGCCUUAUCUAUAGACUGUGUUCUUUUUCUGUACUCGGAAGCCGCUAUUACGUUUUUUAA